AAGAUGUGCACAUAAAUAUCUCUGUGUGGUCCACAUCAAAUCAUAUUCAUCAACACAACAGAAACAGCAGCUCCUCGUCUUCUUCUGGAUUCAUUCUGAAAGUCAAGAACAAUGAAACACAGCUCAGUUCUGUUUUUGCUGCUCCUUCUGGGGACGUGCUCGGCUCACACCUAUCAAAAUGUGGCCUUGCGUGGAAAAGCGACCCAGUCAGACCGGGUUACCUUACAUGGAGCUGCCUACAAUGCUAUUGAUGGAAACCGUGAAUCUGACUUCGGGGCUGGAUCAUGCACCCACACCAAGGAACAGGCCAGCCCCUGGUGGAGAGUGGACCUGCUGGAGUCCUACAUCGUCACCUCCAUUGUUGUCACCAACAGAGGAGACUGCUGUGCAGAGAGGCUCGACGGGGCAGAGAUUCACAUCGGGAACUCUCUACAAGACAACGGUGCUGCAAACCCAGUGGCUGGUGUAAUUCCUCAUAUCCCAGCAGGCAGGUCUUUAAAAAUGACCUUUACCAGACUUGUGGAGGGACGUUAUGUGACUGUGGUUCUACCUGGUUUAAGAAGGGUCCUUACACUCUGUGAAGUGGAAGUCUACGGAUACCGCGCCCCAACUGGAGAGAAUCUGGCGAUCUACGGAAAAGCCACACAGUCGUCAGUGUAUCCGCAUGGGAUUGCGUAUAAUGCCAUAGAUGGGAAUCGUGCCACCUAUUGGAGCCAGGGUUCUUGUACUUACACGAACCAAGACUUCAACCCCUGGUGGCGAGUUGACCUGGGCAAAACCCACAAAGUGUUUUCUGUUAACAUCACCAACUACAGAGAUUCUAACUUACAACUUGUUGGAGCUGAGAUCAGAGUUGGAGAUUCUCUUGCAGACAACGGCAACAGCAAUCCCAGGUGUGCUGUGAUCUCAAGAAUCCCUCCAGCUUUCACUGAAGGCUUCCAGUGCAACGGGAUGGACGGUCGCUACGUUAACAUCGUCAUUCCUGGAAGAGCCGAGUUCUUGAGCCUGUGUGAGGUGGAGGUGUACGGCUCCAGACUGGAUUAGGUCUGAGGAGGUUUAAAAAUUCUAACAGUGACAUUACAUUACAUUGCAGAUGUUCAGCUGAUGAGCAUCAGCCACUCCGGGAUUGUAGCAAUUAACUCUGAUUUAGCCAACUCCUGUAAAUCCUGCACAACUUAAUAAUUAGUCCAUUCAUUUUCUGUGAACUUCUGCUCAGCACCCCUGAAGCUUACCCUGAGCUGAACCCUUUCCUGCAGCACAGGAGGAAAAUGUUAACAUAUUUCAUAGUUAGGAUACUCAUUAUUUCAAACGCACGACAAAAUUUACCAGACGACUUAAGAUCACUGGGCACAAACUGUAUUAAGUAACUGUUAGAGCUUUGUGACUUUACAAACUAUAAAGUGUCACAACCCCUGCUGAGCUGUUGUUGGCACACCAGGCUUUCCCUCACCUGACGGUGAAGGUGCAGGGCACAUGGUGGUCUCACUCCCAUCAGAUGCUAACACUACAGCAGUGUCUGCCUCAUCUGUAGUGUUAGUUCAUCCUUGUUACUGGUGUUCAAGCAUUGAUGUGUGUUUAAUACAGUGUUCAUCCUGUAGUCUGUGUUUCAUGAUGACAUUCCUCCACCACCUGUAGUGUGGAAAAAAGGAGCACCUUCCUGUUGCUGUUGUAGACCAAUCUUGCGUUUCAAGGGUUGUUUGAAUUCCCAUUAUAUUCCCAUCUCGGUGAACAGCUCUCUGGCUGUGUUGAACUCUCGGUGCUGCCUCAUCGUUUCCACUGAAAAAUCCUUGACAGUCUCUCUAUUUUGAAAUUUACAGAAGAGAAAAAGAACCUCUCUGUGUUGGUUUGGUUUCAGUGGUGCCGGAGACUGAUCCAGGCUGAGCUCCAACCACUUUGGCAACAUGUCAUGAACAAAAUCCAGCAGUAGUCAAGUACACUCUGCACCUUUUCGUGAUACUAAAACACACGCAAACUCCUCCUCCUGCUACAAUUCUCCAAAUUAUCGAUCUUCGUCUCCAAGUAUGCUAGUUGUUUGCAGUCAAAGCCACUGAGGGAUCAUGACACACUGCCUUCCCCUAAAUAAAAUAAAAAGCCAGUUUUAAAAAUAAAAAGUAUUGUAUUGGUAUCGAUAUUGGUGAUUCUGGCCCUGAAUUAUCGUCAGCCUGGUCUUAUUCAGUAGUGGUUGAAUACUGCGGCUUUGUCAGUGAUUUGGUGUCAAGCCACCUUUCACAGCACUAUAAUACGCUGCCCAGUGGCGUCAGUUUGUAACGCAGCCAAACACAACCUUUCAUGGUGCUAUGGUAUGAUGCUGGUCGGUCAGACGGCAGCUAUAGUGGCGGUAUGAUAUGUCACUGGACAGCAUCAGCUUGAAAUGCUGCCAGUAACAACGUAAUACAAGGAGCUGAAAAGUCCCUAUAAGGCAGAUAGGAGUGGUGGUGGAUGGAUCCAACAAACCCCGGGCUGUAAUCUGGGAGAUCAGUGUUUCCUUCCUGUAUGAAUGCAGAACCAAACCAUGAUGUUUUUUUCUAAACUUAAACAUGUGCUUUUGGUGACAUCCUGGCGUUGGUAGGGUUGUACCGGAGCGUCAGCAGCAGAUGCAGGAGGAUAUCUGGCAUGUGACAUGUAGACGUGAACAUCCACUGACAAAGCAGUGAUAUGUGACGACUAGAGAUGAGAAUGUGUUGGUAUCACCCACCCCAACAGAAUGUGUUCCUGCAGCUAUGGUAACAUCUCAUUUCAUUGUAGAGCUGCAUGAGACUACUGCUGCAGGAGUGUGAGCUCCACACCUGGGACAGAGUCACAGUGACAGGGCUAACUGUUAGCUAACGGCUAAUGUUACCACACAGGUUUAACAACAGAGUCAAGCUGUUUUUGUGUCAGUGUGAGUUUUUCGGUCUUUUUAAUGGCUCGGUGUUGAAUGUUUGCCGCUGCUGCUGUGUUAGCUGACACUAACCGGGCAGAGAGAGCAGAAGGAGAGCGGCUCACAUAGACGGUCCUUCAGCGCCGCCUCAAACAGAUAACUGUAAUCUGACUGGCCAAAUGUUAUGAAUACUGACUAACAGGUUAACGUUUGUCUAUUCUACAUUUCAUGCGUAUUUAAAUUCUCAUUUGUAAAAAAUGUGGCAUUGUGUAAAAAAGCGCACCAUCAGACCAUAAAGGGGACAUGUUGCUAAUUCAGCUGAUACAUUGCGAUCAAUCAUUUUUCAUAUAGUUAUAUUCAUCCAUGUCAGUCGUCAUCAGUGUGUACAGAGAACAAACAUGUUCAGCACUUCAGUUAUAUUUCAAACUAUUAUAGACCUUUUCUCUCCUCCUCUGUCUCAUGUGGAUUCACUCAUUGUUUGUUUGCCUUUUCAACAUCAACAUAAUUAACCUAACUCUAAUGUUCCCUACUCUGCAUUGUCUAUGUAGCUGCUUAUGUUUUGCUGUUUUGCCUCUGAUAAUUGUUUCUGUUUUUAUUUUGUAUUGUGAUGUGUUUUUAUUGCAUAGUGUCAGGCCAGUUCUAACUGUAACACACAAUGUUAUUUUUAAUUCCUGUCCUGUGUAAAUAAAAUAAAACUGAAAAUGAAAACAAAA